CCCCGCACCGGCCUUCUGGAGCGCGACGGGGAAGUGGCCUCCCUGCGCCCCGCCCCUCGGCUCGGCCGCUAGCAGGCUGCGUCGGCUCCCGGCUCUCCCGGCUCCUCCUGGCCCUCUCCCGGCUCCCUCCGGCUCCAUCUCCAGCUCCACCUCCUGCACGGCUGCUGCGGGCAGUUGUAGCGGUGCAGAAUGGCUGACCUCAGUCUAGCAGAUGCGUUAACGGAGCCACCUCCGGAAAUCGAGGAAGAGAUCAAGCGGGACUUCAUGGCCACCCUGGAAGCAGAGGCCUAUGAUGAUGUUGUGGGGGAAACUGUUGGCAAAACAGACUAUAUUCCUCUCAUGGAUGGUGAUGAGAAAACUGGGAGCUUGGAGUCAAAGAGGAAACCAUGCUCAGAUACCAGCCAGGUUGAAGGUACUCCAUCUUCUAAACCAACUGUGCUAGCCAAUGGUGACCAUGCCAUAGAAGGGAAUGAUACUACAGGGUAUCCAGCCGGAUUCCUGGAUGAGACGAUGACCUUCCAAGAAUAUCAGAACAGCCAGAACUGGCCAGAAGAUGCAGACUUUUGUUUCCAGCCUGGGGAAGUGGUAAACCCAAUCCAGACUGAUCCCUUUAAGAUGCACCAUGAUGAUAAUCUUGCAGAUCUGCUCUUUCUCUCCAGUGGAACAACAAAUGUUCCAGUGCUUAUGGGGCAAAAUGAUCCCCAGGAGGACAGUUAUGAUAUGUCUUCCUGUGACACAUUCGCUCCUGCCACUAUUGCACCUCACGGAUGGUCUAUGCCAGCCCCAAACUCUGCCCAUUCAGAAUCCUUUGUUUCCCCGGAGGACUUUGGGGAACCUCCACAGCCAGCUGCAGAGCUGGCCAAGGAGAUAGAUCUGCCAUCAGUAGAAGAGCAACUACUGACCAACGCAUUGGAUAUAAUGACAGGACAGAAGUCAACUGACAUGGCACCAUCUAGAGAAACAGAGGUGGUGCUGGCCAACGUCAUGGGACCAGCCACAGAAACAAAAGUGGCCUCUGCUAAAGGUACAGAACAACCCAGCAAACUGGAUGUGGCACUAGUUGAGAACACACAGCCAUCCAUUGAAUCAGAUACAUCCCUGGCCAAGGACAUGGCACUACUCACAGAAACACAGGCUGCUGCAAUGAAGGACAUGGUACUGCCCACAGAACCGGAAGCGGCCCCAAGCAAGGGUGUGACAGAGAGUACACCACUUGUACCGAAGGAUUUGGCCCCACAGCAGGCUAUAGUUCCUCCCACAGACACACAGAUCACUGUGGCCAUGGGUGUGAUGUCACUCUCGGAAACAGAGGCAGAACUGGCUAAGGACAGUGUAUCAUCCAUGGAAAUAUCUCCAGCCAUGGAGAUGGCUUUGUCCUCAGAAGCAGAGGUGGCCCUGGCAAGGGAUGUGGCCUUGUCCCCAGAAGCCCUGGUGGUCUUUACCGAGGAUGUGGCUCUCUCCUUGGGAACUGAGGGGGCCUCAGUGAAGGAUAUGGCUCCACCCCUAGAAACAGAGAUGGGGUUGGGCAAGGAUAUGACUUCACCCCUAGAAUCAAAGGUGGGCCUGGGCAAGGAUAUGGCUGUCCUCCAAGAAACAGAAAUGGCCCCGACCAAGGAUAUGGCCACACCCCAAGAAACAGAGGUGGCUUUGGGCAACGAUGUGAUUCUCCCACCAGACGCAGAGGUAUCCCAAGUAAAGGAUGUGACUCCACUCCUAGAAAAGGAUGCAGCACUGCCUCCACAAACAAAGGUGGCCCUGGGUAAGGAUGCAGUGCUGCCCUCUGGCACAGAUGUGAUGCUGGCCAACAAUGUGACCCCAGUCAAGGAUGUUACACCACCCUUAGAAACAGAGGUGGCAGCAGUUCUGAAAGACACGGAAAUGGCACAGAGCCAGAAAGGGCUAAGUGAGGAUCCUCAGCUAGAGUCUCUCCAGAGUGAGGCACCUGCAGCUCCUGGCCUGAUUUCAGCAGAACCAAUCAAAGCCUCAGGCCAAAAGUACAGCUUGCCCACAGAUGAAGAUUUUGGGUUAGAGAAAUUAGAACAGAAGAAACCACUCAACAGUCAGCCUUCUGAACCUUCUUCAGCGACUUCAGGUGCCCCUCUCACACAAGGCAGACAAGUUUGCAGACCCAGUGACCACAGGGCAGCCCGACCCAGGCCCGCCAGGAACCUUCCUGAGCUGCCGGGAGGCUCUUCUCCUUGGAAGACUCUUGAGCCCAGGCUGGGCCCUGGCCCUUGGGCCGAGUCACAUUGGGUCUCUGGCUCAUUUUUCUGUGGUGAGCCUGGGAGCCAAAAGAAGAAUGUUCAUACUGACUUCCCUGAACCCCAGAGGGAUCUUGGCAGGGAGGCCUGGGAAAUAGAGAGCACCCCAAUGAUGAUGAAGAAAAAGAAGAAGAAACCAAAGCAAAAGAGAUAUUCUCAACCCCGGGUGGGGGGACCAUGGGAUGGUGACAGUGCAGAUGAGCCUAAAGGUAACCCCUCUGCAGCUGGCCCCCACCAACCUGCUGUCCUCUCCAGCCAGCCUUCCAUGCUGGGCUCAGAAUAUGGAUUUGUCACCAGAGAAGACAUGAGAAGAAAGCAUAUGCUUGACUCCAGAGCAGCCCGACAGGGAGGUGAGAACGUCUUCUCAGAGAGUAUUAGAGCUCCUUCAUGUCUGGAAGAACCUCCAGCAACUACAGUCAGUGCUGAGCCUAAACUAAGAGUAGAGGAAGAGGGAAAAGAUAAUAGUUUGGUGCUGAAGAGCCAAGAUAAGAAAUUGCCACAGCACAAUAAAUACAAGCCAGAGCCUGCACUCCACCUGGAGACUGUGGAUAAAAGCCAGACCAGGGGCCCUGGGCUGAAAGGACCCCUGACAGAGGUGCCUACACACACAGUGGCAGCUUCUUCAGAGACCAGACCCAAAGAGGGUGUGACUUGCUGUCCUGUCUUGGACCUGAAGGUUAUGGGUGGAGUUUCAAAAGAAAUGCCUACUGUGACAGCCACAGUGACAAGUAACCCAUUAGAAAAUAGUCUAAAAGAAGGGAAUGAUGCAAGCAAAAUGACUAAAUUCCAGGAUGUCAAACAGAAAGAGUUUUCAGAAGGAGCCAAAGAGGUUAAAGAACUAAAAAAGGAAGCACUUCCCAAGCCAAGAGAAGAAAUUAGCAUCUUUGCUUUUGAACAGGGCCAAAUGUUAGGUCAGGCCCCUGGGCAAGGAAAUGAGCCAUUGAAGAGAGUGACAGGUGAUGGCAAAAGCAAGAAAGGGCGGGGAAGUUCUGGAAGAGCGAGGGGGGGUUCUGGGAAGAUGAGUGCAAAAUCAGAGGUGCCAUUGCUUCUGGAUGGUGAGAAGGAUGGAAGGGCUGUUCUGGGGCUGAGUGAGCCCGUCCCCAAGACCGAAAGGAUGACUGCUGAGGAUAAGAGAUCAGGGCUGGGACUGAGUUCUUCAAAGCUACCAGGGACUAUGACUGGUCUCCCUGAAGCAGGGGCGACAGGAGAGCCCAAGAAGAUGACCAGCCCGAGGGUGGGAAGUACCAUGCAGGCCCUGAGUCCCCUGGAAAAUGGGUCAAGCUUGACUCAGCCUUCUGAUGGGACAGAAAAAGCCACAGUCAAAAAUGUAGGUGUAAGUAAUCAGAGCAAGGAAGGAAAGUGGCCUUGGGUGGAACAUGAGCCAACUCCCUGGAUUUCUGAAAAGCCUAGAAAGAGAGAUAAUGAAGGCAAAACCAAAAAGUUUAAAAAUAAUUAUCCUGUACAGCCUACUAGAAUGGAGGACAAAGAGGAAAUCCUCAACCCAUGUUUUGUAGGGAAAGAUGGAGACAGUACUUGUAGUAUUUCCUUGAAAAAUAAGGAACUGGGCCUCAUUUUCCCCAAAGCGCCAGACCCUGUGUUCUCACAUACAUCAGAUGCACCCACAGUAGAAGUAGCUGACAGAAAGGGUAAGAACGUUGAGGUUAAUUCUGUUGAACUUCGGGCUCUCGAGGGAAGCAAAACAUGCACAAUCAAGAAUUCUGCUGUUACUGACCCAGCUAUCAGUGUGACAGAUGUGAGCUGCCCAGACCAAGCCCAGGUGGCAGGAUUUGUUCCCUUAGUCGUGUCUGAGGAGAACAAGACCCAUGCAGCCAAGGGACACACCACAGGGGCUAACAAACCAAAUAACAGGAAUAAUGACGGAAAAAAUGAAAAGAUUAAAAAUAGUUUGCCGGAGAAGCACAUUUUAGAGAAUAAGAUAGAUACAGCAAAAAUACAUGUUCCCAUGGAAACCUCAGGGAGCCACAGAAUGGAAGGAAUGGGUUAUGUGGACGAAAAUAGAAAUAUUACAUUUACCUGUCCCAGCACACUGUCAGGGCUAAUAAAUAAGUCAGCUCCUCCAAAGACUCUGGAGUUAGCAGCCUCUGAAAAACUGCCCCAUCUUGCUCCUCCAAUAGUAAAGGAAGGGGAUUCCUUACCAGACACUUUGGCAAAAAGUGGGCAAGAAAUAACCCCAAUCCCGAUGUCCAAGUUAUUAGCAGAAGAUAGCUGCAAGAAAGAUGAAGUCUCACGGCAAGAAAGACCCAAGGCCCCCUCUGCUGUUCUGCCCUCCACAGGCAGAGCACGAGUUGCCCUGCCUUCCACAGCAGCCAUAGAAACAGUUAGCAGUCAUGGAGAUCCCUGGCGUAAGAAUAAAGGUGAGCUUAAUGAUCCCAUGAAAAAUGAAGCAGGGACAGAUGAAGGGCGAGUGGCAGGGAAAUCUGAUUCUGGGCACCACAAUGCCUCUAAGUGGUCAGUAGGGCAAAAUGCCGAGCCAGCAGCACAAGGUCACCUUCUUCCUGGAGCGCCUGCAGACCAGAAUCUGCCAGGAGAGGCCCGAGGCCUAGGAGAAAAGACAGACAGGGGUGGCUUCCCAGCAUCUCCAGCAGUCUCAGAGCAGGCAACUGACAGAGGCUCUGUUCCAGCCCAGGUUCCUGACUCACUGGGAGACAAAGCACAGAAACUCAACUUCUGUGAGGACCAAAAUGCUAAAGAUAGAGAUUCCAGGGGCUCAGAUAGUUUGGAGAAGGAGGUAGAUUUGACUCUUUUGCCUCCACAAGGUGAAAAGGAUAAAUCAAAAGAAAGUAGUCCAGCUUGUAAAGUCACAGAAUUGGAAUGUGUUUCCUUGCCAACACCAGAACUCCAUUCCAAUUUCUCAUGUAUCAAAGUUGAAGUUCCUCCCACAGGGAUGGACAAUGAGUUAGUAACGACUGCUUCUAAGGGUCUCCAGCUCCCAGCACUCAAAGAUAACAUCGUAGAAGCACCUCAGAAAAUGACAGAAAAAUCUGAGCCAAAGACACUGGCCAAAGAGAGGAGGGAAGAUAAAGGCAGAACAGCAGAACCAAUGAAAGGCUACAUGAGACCUACCAAGUCCCGAGGACUUACUCCACUUUUGCCAAAAUCUGCAGUCCAGGAACGAGAGAGACCCAGGCAGCCAAAGUCCAGUGGAAUAGCCAGGCCAGAAGAAGGAAAGGCGGCGGUGAGUGUGACCGGAAAUGACAUCUCUACCCCACCAAACAAGGAGCUCCCACCAAGCCCGGAGAAGAAAGCCAAGCCUUUGGCCACCAUUCAACCAGCAAAGACUGCAACAUCGAAAGCCAAAACACAGCUCACUCCUGUCCCUAAGCAGCCAGCCCCCGCCACCUCCGGUGGGGCGAAUAAAAAACCCAUGAGUCUUGCUUCAGGCUUAGUACCAGCUGCCCCACCCAAACGCUCUGCUGCUGCCACUGCCAGGACUUCCACCUUAUCUUCGAGAGAUGCAAAGCCAAAGCACAUUGCAGAGGCGAAGGUUUCUGAGAAGCAGGCCUUACCGUCCAAGCCCGCCUCAGCCCUGACCCUCAGACCUGGACCCAAGACCACCUCUGCUGCUCCAAAGGUCGAAUCAGCUGCCGCUCCUGCUUCCUUGGGGCCAAGCAGUAGAAGCCCCCCAGCGCUGCUGUCCAAGAGGCCUGCUGCUAUUAAGACUGAGGGCAAACCUGCAGAUGCUAAGAAGACAGUGGCGAAGUCUGCACCAGCUGACCUGAGUCGCUCCAAGAGCAUCCCCACCAGCUCUGUGAAGAAAACCACCACUCAUGCAGGGGCAGCCCCCACGGCCGCAGCGGCCCUGACUCGAGUCAAGCCCACUCCACUUUCCCGGCCCACCAUGUCUCCUUCCAUGGACAAGAAGCCCACCACCACCAAGCCCAGCUCCUCUGCCCCUAAGCUGAGCCGCCCAGCCACUGCAGCCCCUGCCCCCGAUCUGAAGAAUGUCCGCUCCAAAGUGGGCUCCACGGAGAAUAUCAAGCACCAGCCCGGAGGAGGCCGGGCCAAAGUAGAGAAAAAAACAGAGGCGGCUGUCACAGCUCGAAAGCCUGAACCUAAUGCAGUCACUAAAACAGCUGGUCCCAUUGCGAGUGCACAGAAAUCACCUGCUGGGAAAGUCCAGAUAGUCUCCAAAAAAGUGAGCUACAGCCAUAUUCAGUCCAAGUGUGGUUCCAAGGACAAUAUUAAGCAUGUCCCUGGAGGUGGGAAUGUCCAGAUCCAGAGCAAGAAGGUGGACAUCUCCAAGGUCUCUUCCAAGUGCGGCUCCAAGGCGAACAUCAAGCACAAGCCGGGUCCUCUCUGUCCAGGCGGAGGAGAUGUCAAGAUUGAAAGCCAGAAGCUGAACUUCAAGGAGAAGGCCCAGGCCAAGGUGGGGUCCCUGGACAACGUGGGCCACCUGCCCGCAGGAGGCAGCGUGAAGACUGAGGGCGGUGGCAACGAGGCCCCUCCGUGCCCAGGCCUCCCUGCAGGGGAGGAGCCGGCCGGCUCUGAGGCUGCGCCCGACGCUGGCGCCCCCACUCCAGCCGGUGGCCUCAGUGGCCUCCCCACCCUGUCAGGGGGUGGUGACCAGAGGGAGGCCCAGACCUUGGACAGCCAGAUCCCGGAGACAAGCAUCUAAUGAUGACAUUCUGGUCUCGUCUUCCGUCUCCCCCGUGUCCCUCCUGUUUCCCCCGCUCCCUUUCCCUCCCCGCUCCUGUGUCCCUGCAGAUUGAGACCUACAGGCUGACGUUCCGGGCAAACGCCAGGGCCCGCACCGACCACGGGGCCGACAUUGUCUCCCGGCCCCUCACUUCCCUGGCUCCCGGCCCUUGGCUCCCUGUCCCAGGCUUCCCACUAGGCCUGUGAGUGCCCACUCAGGCGCCGGGCAGCCCUGUUAGGCCCUUCCCUGGUUCUGGGCGGCCGCAGGCCCAGCCCGGCCCUCCUGCUUUGCUCCUGUCCCAUCACUGGCCACUGCUGGCCUCGGGGUAGGCAGGGGAGUGGGGGUCCUGUGGGAUCUAGAGGGAGGAACUGGAUUCCUACCUCCACUGUUUGGUUUUUUUGGACCAAACCCAAAAGAAACUGACAUGCCCUCCCUCCCUCCUCCCUGGCCAGCCUGGAGGGAUGAGUGCGGUGGUUCCAGGUGGUGACCCUGCUUGGGCUGUGCCCCCUGGAGCCUGCUAAGCCUCUGCCUCACCCUGUGACACCACGAAAGCACCCACCGUGCAGGCGGCACCAGGCCGUCCUGCUCCCCCACAUUAGUUAGGAGCCAUGCUGCACCCUGCUGCUCCCGUACCUGCCUCGCUGCCGUCACGCUCUUCUUUCUCUCAUUUCCCCCACUAACCUGUAGCCAGUGGAGUAGUUGUGCAGGUUGAAGCCAUGUCCAAGUGAGGGUCUUGGUAGGUGUGAAGGGAGUGGGGAGGGAAUGCCCUGCGCGCUGUGGGGAGGGACUCGAGGUGCAGGGAGGCAGCCUGGUGAUGCGCUGGUCAGCGUGGGCUGCUUGUGUUGGCGUUUCGUGUGUAUGCUGCUUUUCUUUUCUAACCAAGAGGCUGGGUUUGGCAUCUGUCUGUCUCGUUCCCUGGGAUUUGGUGGUCACCGUGUGAUGCAAGGCCAGUGCUGAAGCAGGAGAGGGCUGUGGGGUCACAGUCCCGCAGCCUGACCUGUCGCCUUGGGACACCCAAGGUCUCCAUGUGUCUCAUGUGGACAGUGGGGAGUCAGGUCUGGAAAUUGGAAAAUGAGGCCUGAGACUGGGGCCACCACUCCCUUCCGGCUGAGAGGAGGGGCCAGCCCGUGGGCAAGCCCCAGUGAGAUCCCGGGGACCGUAUGGACAAGAUUCUUAUUGCACUUGUAUUUUUUGUAUUAAAGUUUGCAUGGUUUCUAAUAAAGGAUUAAAACAAAUUUGUAGUGAAGCGGCCUGGGAGCUUCCAAGGGCUUCUCCAGAGGGGCAUUUCCUGCUGCGCAGACUUGUCUUGGAGGUGGUGGUGGCGGCCAGCCUGGAUGGCACUCUGGCCCUCCACUCCGCUCCCCGGUCCCCACGUUAAGGGAGGGCAUCCCCACGCCUCAGGUGGUCCUUUCCUUGCGGAAGACGCCUACUGGACAGUGAGCCCAGCUAGAGUCCAUUUUGUCUGCUGUGCCAGCGACACUAGGGCACCGGAGCGGUCAGCAGGAGGAGGCCAAGGUGGAGAUACUGGGUCUGCAGGCACCUGCAUCUCUCCCUACCUAGGGUUGAUGCUGAAGUUGAUGAAGGGCUCCAAGUGCUCCUUGGCCAGGGCUUGGGGAAAGGAAGGUGGCUGUGGAGAGCCUGGGCUGGGCCCCAAGUCCACCCUAAGAGGCUGUCUGUUUCCUGCUCCCUUCAAGUGUCCCGCAAGCCAGAGGAUCCGCAAAGGCCGACCUGACGGAUGGGGACCGUAGCUCGGACAUUUCUGUGCUCCCCAUCUUGCUGUGGUUCAGCUGUUACCAGUCUGUGAUUGUUGUACUGAUCUGAGUAAAUAAAGCUGCCUGAUGUUCCACACACAGGCCCUGGGUA